CUGCAUUUUAAUCCGUUCCAGUCCCUCUCUCUGUCUCUGUCUCUCUGUCUCUCUCUCUGCCCUGCUGUCGGACUUGCGGAGUAACGCCGUAACCUUGCUGCGCUUUAACAACUUUUCCCGCCUUUAUAAACUCUCGCGGAAAUAAUUUCACGCAGAUCCAUAAAUCCAACAGUGGAAACAUGCUGAUCCUACUUUGUGGCAUCGUACUCCUGCACAUCGCAGUCCUGGUACUGCUCUUGGUCUCCACUAUUGUCAGUGCCUGGACUGUAUCUUCUACCAGUAGUUCAGACCUCUGGCAAAACUGCUCCACAGUCAACGGAGCAUGCCAGAUCGGGGAGACUGGAGUCUGGAUUCAGGCAGUGCAGGCUCUCAUGAUCCUGUCCAUCAUCUUCAGCUUCCUGUCACUCUUCUUGUUUUUCUGCCAGCUUUUCACGCUGAAGAAGGGUGGACGCUUCUUCCUCACCGGAGCUUUCCAAAUCUUUGCCUGCCUGUUCGUCAUGUGCGGCGCGAUCAUCUACACGGUGAUGAACCACUUAUGGGUUCCUACGACUGAGUCAUAUGGUUUCGCCUACAUCCUUGCCUGGGUGGCAUUUCCUCUGGCGCUCAUCAGCGGCUUAAUCUACGUCAUCUUGAGAAAACGGGAAUGAACAUGGCGUCCCCUUGAGGCUCGGCCUCCUGUCAUCUGAAGAUCAUCUAAAGCGCCUACUGCAUCUAGAGUCAAGUUUAAAAAGCUCAUAUCUUACAAUAUAAUAUACAGUAACUGUACGGUAUCGUACACAAAUCACCACCGUGAAAAGACAUAUAACAACUGAUGGGUCAUUGUUUGAAGAUGUAUAUAGUAUCUAUGGUUUAAAACCUAUUUAUAACACUUUUUACAUGUUAUGUACAUAGUAUUUUUUUUGUGUGUUGACAAGCUUUUUUUUUUUUUUGCUAAUUAAGUGCCUAAGAUGUGUGUUUUGUCGGAGGCAAGUGCAUUAUUAGCCAUAUUGUGUGUUUUGACUUUUCUUACACUGCCAAAAACAGUUGCAAAAAAAAACAAACAAGUCAUUUGAAGUAUUUUAACCAAAGAGCAUGUAUUAAAAUAGCAAUGCGAGAAACAGCUUUAGAAAUGUAGAGAUGUGGUAACACUUACUGAGAACUUAUGCUAAGCUAGAUACAAAAGUUGACCAUUUUUUGCUUUUAAGAGGAUAUAAUUUUUUUUUUAUUAUUUUUUGACAAAAUGGUGCUAUGUAUUUACCAUUCCUAUAGCCAUUUUGAUUUUAUCUAGUCAGACAGAAGCGAAUGCCUGCGAGUAGACAUGGCGUCUCUGUAUACUUACUUGUGUACAUACAGUACUUACCAAAUAGACUCAUUUUAUAAUAAAUUGUGUUGGAAAUAACGCAAGACUUGAGUAUUAGCUAAGCAGUUGGCUUUGAACGGCUACAGACAUAGAACUUUUAGCGAUACUAUAACAGGGCAUUAUUAUUAUCAAAUGCCAUCAGGAAGAUGUGAACUGCCCGGUAUGUGAGUGUAUCUGUGUUGUGUAUCUUCAGCUAGCUAUAUUAAAAACAAAAAAUAAAUGCACUAGAAUUCAAACUGAUAUAUUUACGCGAGCUACUUGUGACUGAAGGGACACUUAACAGCAUUGUGCAUGGAUUUAAACACCAGACUUGGUUGUUUUCUGGUAGCGGUUGUACCAGAAUUUUGCAUUUUUGCUGAUACUUGAAAUGUGACAUGCUGACUUUGUCCGCUAUUGUGAAGAAGAAAAAAAAAAAACAACACAACAACAAAAAAACUAAACAAAAGAAGUCUCCACCUUGAAUGCAGUGUUUUAUUGGAUGUCAUGCGGCUCUUUACAAAUACAUCACUUGCAAACUUAUGAUCUGUAUGCAACUCACACUGAGGACCAUGUAGGGGAAAAAAACUAUAUAGGAAAAUCCUUAUGCACUGAAACAAACAAUAAAUUACCAUUAACGCAACGUUGUUGUCGGAUCUCAUGGUUAUUAUGUGACUGUAGUGUUCUUGUCCUAAUUAACAUGAGUGAAAUAAUUAUAUUCCACAUCAUAUUUUAGCAUUGUUCUAUGUAUUUUAUGUCCUCAAACUUGUCUUAAACACUGAUUUUACAGGUUUCCUCACUACAGAAAAGAUGAUUAUAGUAUUAGUAUUAGUUAUAAUCCUUGUUCAGGAGUAAACACUGUUUCUGUGGUCAGAGGAGGGAACAGAACCUCUUAUGAUGGCCAGUUUAUUAAAAAGCUCCUCUCUGUGUAACUCUGAGCAGCUGUUCGCAUGUUCACACGAAUGCUUGUGUAUUUAUUAAAAGCUAUUAAAGAAA